GAAGACCAGAACACGUUCAGUUCUUGACCAACUACAAUUAAUUCGCAUAAAAUGUUUACUAAAACACAAACACUGCUAAUUUUAAUUAGCAUUAUUAAACUUUUAUUAAUAAAAGUAGUACUUUCCGACGAAAAAUGUACCAAUGGAAAUCGUCUUAUUCAAACUGUGAAAAUAAGCAACAAUUUAGCUUCGAAUAUCACCAAAAUUCACAAUUACUACCGUCUGAAAGUCUCCCAAGGUGAGGUUUGGCAACAACCACAAGGUAGGAAUCUCUUUAGAUUAUACUACGACCAUCAAUUGGCACGCAGUGCAAGGAAAGCUUCUUUGAAUUGUGACAUGAAAAUGGUGGACAUUACUGAUCCACGUUGGUACAACGUUGGUCAAAACAUGUACUUAGAAUAUAGCAAUGUACCAACACCAACACAAAAUUGGGAUGCUGUAAUCGCUGCUUGGUUUGAGGAACAUCAUCACUACAGUUUUCCUGAUGACAAGACCAAGUAUAUUACUGUUUCGCGUGCUACCGCUCACUACACACAAUUGGUUUGGGCUAAAUCUAGGAACGUUGGCUGUGAUUUCGUCGUGUUUUAUGAAUAUGACAGGAAAGGCACCCCUUACGGCAAGUUAUACACUUGUUUUUAUGGUCCAGGUGGUAAUGUACUUGGAGAGAAACCUUAUGAAGUUGGCACAUCUCCUGACUGUUUACAACUGUGUUAAAACCAAUUCAUCACUGAUUAAUACCGGUUUAGUAUUCAUAGAAGAAAAAUAAAAUGUAAAAAUGUAUUUUAUUGAUAUUACAAAACAUUUAUUCACAUAAUAAAAAAAAUAAUUGAGUAUCGUAA